GACGUUGGUUAAGCGCCGGAAUGCAUCUGACACAAUUUAGCUGCGCCGAACUGCGGGAAGAUGCCGGAGCAGAGCGCUUCAGGUGCCGGAGUGGCUGCGGCCGGGAACCGGGGAAGGAAGAGGGGGUUGGGUGAGGGGAGAAUGUUCUCUGGCCUGCAGGAGAUCGGCAUCGCUAACGGGGAAGAUCUAAAGGAGACCCUGACCAACUGCACCGAGCCGCUGAAAGCCAUAGAGCAGUUCCAGACAGAAAAUGGGGUCCUUCUUCCAUCGCUUCAGUCAGCGCUGCCAUUCCUGGAUCUUCAUGGCAUCCCCCGGCUAGAGUUUCACCAGACAGUCUUUGAUGAACUACGGGAGAAGUUACUAGAGAGAGUGUCAAUCAUUGCAUUGGAAGGAAAAGAUGAGAACCGGUACACUAAGUUGGAAGAGUUGUUGGAAAAAUGUUUUGCAUUGGUUAAGAUGCCAUCCAUCCAGCCUGUGGUGAUGUGUGUAAUGAAACACCUACCAAAGGUCCCAGAGGCAAAGCUGAAGCUGGUGAUGGCGGACAAGGAGCUAUACAAAGCAUGUGCGGUGGAGGUUAAGCGCCAGAUCUGGCAGGACAACCAAGCUCUGUUCGGCGAUGAGGUCUCUCCUUUACUCAAGCAGUACAUCUUAGAGAAGGAGAAUAUCCUGCUCAGCAGUGAGCUGUCUGUACUGCACAACUUCUUCAGUCAGUCUCCAAAAACCAGGAGGCAGGGAGAGGUGGUGCAUAAACUCACACAGAUGAUCGGAAAGAAUGUGAAGCUGUAUGAUAUGGUCCUGCAGUUCUUGCGCACUCUCUUCUUGAGGACGCGGAAUGUGCACUAUUGUACGCUACGGGCAGAGCUUCUCAUGUCCUUACAUGACCUGGAUGUCAGCGAGAUCUGUUCUGUGGAUCCCUGUCACAAGUUUACCUGGUGCUUGGAUGCCUGUAUCCGAGAGAAGUUUGUGGAUGCAAAGAGAGCCCGGGAACUGCAGGGAUUCUUGGAUGGAGUGAAGAAAGGGCAAGAACAGGUGCUGGGGGACUUGUCCAUGAUCCUUUGUGACCCUUUUGCAAUCAACACCCUAGCUCUCAGCACCAUCCGCAACCUCCAGGAUCUAAUUAGCCAAGAGUCCCUCCCAAGGGAUAGCCCUGAGCUGCUGCUUCUCCUGAGGAUGUUGACCCUGGGACAUGGCGCUUGGGAUAUGAUAGAUAGUCAAGUGUUUAAGGAGCCAAAACUGGAAGCGGAACUGAUUUCUAGAUUUCUUCCUCUGUUAAUGUCCUUUGUGGUCGAUGACUACACUUUCAAUGUGGAACACAAAUUACCGACGGAGGAGAAAGUGCCGGUUACUUAUCCCAACACCCUACCGGAUGUCUUUAUCAGAUUUUUGAAGGACAACAGAAUAGCCUGCGAGGUGGGACUGUAUUACAUACUGCACAUCACAAAACAGAGGAAUAAGAACUCCCUGCUUCGCCUGCUUCCUGCUCUCAAGGAGACGUUUAAUGACACGGCUUUCACAGAUAUCUUCCUGCACCUUUUCACCAGCAACCUGACACUUCUUCCCGAUGAAUUCAGUUCAGAAGAAUUUUGCAACCAGAUAUUCGAUGGCUUUUUUCUCAUAGCCUGCGCAAAGAAGGAGAACAUUCACCGUCAUGUCCUCCGAUUAGUUCUACACCUCCACCACAAGGUGGCACCUUCCAAAGUGGAGUCUUUACAGAAAGCCCUGGAGCCACCCAAAACUGGUGGGGAUGCUCUUAAGGAUCUUUAUAACCAGCUGUGUGAGAAGUUACAGCAGAGGAAAGCUAGCCCACAACCCCCCGAACCAGAAGCCCCUAGUAUGGACCUACCCAUGCACAAUGUCACCACUCCUCCCAUCAUCUGAGACAAUGUGCAGCAUCAGAAUU